CCAUGAAUCUGUCAUUUUACUAGUUUCACCUCUGACUGACUCAGUGUAAUCCAGGUCUCAGUUGAGGGAACAACACACCACACAAACGUACACACCAGUCCAGGCAGCACAGACUGUCACCAGGGCCUGGUUUCUGGUAAAUCAAUAUUCUUAGCCCACGUCAUGGUUCUGGUAGUCUUUGGAGUAUUUCUCCUGCAGUUUGAAUAAAGGUAAUUCAUAUCUGUAUCGUUAAUGGUAUCAAUGUUUAAUAUGAGAAUAGGAACAUUGUUGACAUUCACAACAGCAACAUUUUUGUUUUGAAUUUAAAAAUAAAUGUAAAUGCUUUGCCUGAAUUGUUUUGCUGUUUCUCGACCGCAUACUGCACAGUGUUCCCCACUCAAAACUAAAAAAAAAAAAAAAACAAAAAAAAAAAAAUUAAAAAAAAAAAAAAAAAAAAAAAAGAUAUGACUUUGCCUUACUGUCUUACAGGAUAUUUUAGUUACGGGACAUCGUGCUCAUUAAAACGGGGACUUAAAAGCCACCCAGUAAUUGACGAUGCAAAGGGUGAAUAUCUUUAAGGGUGAAUGUCUUUAAGGGCGAACAAAGUAUCUGUUUCUAGUUGUCUGGACAAAAUCAAACAAUGAGACAAUUUUCUUUUUUUUUUAAAUAUUUAUCAACCAUUGUUUCAAGCUUUGGAAUGGCUUCGUCUGUCUGAUUCGAUUCAUGUAUUUCAGUAAUAACCUACAAUUAUGUCUAUUGUUGUAUGCGCAUCAUUUUAUCAGCCAAUUAAUUUCAUCUAAACUCAUCUAGCCAUUUCAUUUCUUUGAAUGUGUCCCUUUUCUUAAAAAAAAAAAAUUAAAAUAUAUAAAUAUAUAUAUAAAAGUGAAAGUUUGUGGAUUUGUUUGUUUGUUUGUUUGUGGGUUUGUCUGUUCCACAAAAGCUUUUACAUGGAUAAUGGAUCUUGACCAAACAUGGCACAUAUAACCAUCAUUAUCCAGAAGGAACUCUUAAGGGGUUAUUAACUUUUUAUAACAUUCCGUUUGGGGCUCCGAAUUCGUUUUUUUUUCCUUAUAUGAGCUAUAUAAUUAAAAUUAACAACAAAUACUCCCACAUGAGUAGAUGGAUCUUGACCAAACUUAGUACACAUACACUUUAUUAUCCAUAUUCAAAUACUGGAGGGUACUGAACUCAUAAUAUCCAUUCUUUUGGGGCCGUGGGCCCCAGUUCAUUUUUCAUUAUAUAAGCUAUACAAAUUUCAAUAUGUUUAAUACUCCUACUUGAAUGGAUGGAUCUUGACCAAACUUAUUACACAUACAUAUGAUCAUCCAUAAUCAAAUACCGAAGGAUAUUGAACUCGUAAUAUCCAUUUCUCUGGUGCCGGGGACCCCAGUUCAUUUUUCCUUAUAUAAGCUAUAUGAAUAGGGUUAGACAACGGUAUAGGUUCUAUGUGAAUUUAUGGAUCUAAGCCUAACUUUGUUCAUUACGCUUCUUAGUCCGUAUUGAAAUAUCGGUGGAUUUAAAACUAAGAAUAUCCAAUCUAGAAUUUUCCAGAAAUUUCGAUAAUUAUAAAAAGCUAUAUCUAUGGCAUUUUUAAACCGAUUUUAAUGGGACAAAUUUCAAUUUUAACUCUAUUAUUUAUCCGUCUGAUAUUUAAAGGGUCUCUAUCUCAGGCAAAGCUAAAUCGGUACAGUUAUGGAAAAGGCCCCCGGGGCCCCAUGAUUAACUUAAAAGAAAAAUGAUUAUAAUUAUGGUAUUUGUUGAAUAUUUUUAUCCUAUUCAAAAAAUAAUUAGAAAAGUAGUUUUACACAUGUUUAGAGCAGGUUAUUAAAUUUAAUCUAGAAUGUUCCAGAAAGUUCUAAAUUGUUCCAAACGGAUAUAUAGUGGGAUCUAAGGGAAUUUUGAAAUGUUUGUUAGUUCUAUUUAUUUCUAUACUGUCCCGGAGUUUACUGUUCUCUCAGUAACACUGAGUAAUUUUUUUUAUACGGGAUGCCAUCAUAAUCUUUAUCCCAACAACGAGAUCAGGAUCCCACCAGAAAACGGGAUCCCACCUGGAUCGGGAUCCCAACCUUGAAUGGAUCCACCGGUAUCGGGAUAAAACCGGGAAACGGGACUGCGCCGGGAUCGGUGUUAGAAUGUGAUUAGGGUUCCAAUGGGAUCGGGGUCACACAAGGGUGGGGGUCCUAAACAAUCCCGCGCAACGCCGGGUAUAUUGGCUAGUAUAGUAUAUAUAUAAUAAUUUCGAUUUCCCAAUAGUGCCAUUUUAUAUUUCAUUUGCAGUUCAGCACUAUUUUAAUAUAGGGCUGUGUUGUAUUAGUAAUAUUAUUACUUAUAUUAAUAACACAGUUACGAUGAAUUUUAAGAAAUAAUAGCUGUUUAAAUCGAAUGCAAGGAUGCGCGCGGGUUUGAAAAACCGAAUCUGAUGUCAGGGUGGCCAAAGGGAUUUUUAUUUAUUUUAGGGCUGUGUCUAAAGGGGCGGGGGCCCAGAAACCAUUUUCUGAGGGCACCAAAUCGCCAUUUUAAAUGCAAAAUGUGUUUCAAUAUUUCAUUUACUUAAAAAUGCAUACCUUUUGGUGAAGAGGGUGCCCGAAUUCAGGCUUUCCCUGCUGGUCGCACCUUGCAAUUGCCUUGUUUUUUUUUUUUUUUUCCCUACAUUCCGUGCUCAGUUGUGACGUACAAUUGUUUUUUGCUUUUAUAAUGACUAAAUGAUUGGGGUCAGGGUUUCUUUCCCGGAUGGGUCAUGCCAUUGGCGUAGGAAAGAUGAUAUCCCAUAGGUGGCACAGUUUUCUUGAUAUAGUUAUUUUCGUACAACUGCAGCUUUUAUCGUGGUAUAAAAAGGGGGGGGGGGGGCGCAUUAAAGCUUUGUCCACCCAGGGUGUCACUAAACCUAGCUACGUCACUGGUUAUUGAAUCUAACAGCACCAAAAUUAGACUUACUGGAUAACGCGGCCAGUUUCUGCUCCACCAUCUCUAAAACAUAAACUUAAUUCAUUUUGGUUCCGGUAGCCAUGAGUGGAUAUGCUUUGUCAUGGCUAUUGCUCUACUUAGUCCAAUUAUAUUAAAAUAUACGAAAUGAAACAUACAUAUUAUAUUUGUCUGUUCAAAAUAAAUCAUUUGAAUUAUUAACAUUGUUUUUUUACAUUAUUUUUUGUCUUGUUUUUACAUUCAAAAAUGUGUUGACACUGUUCUUUUUUAUCCGGGACAAAGGGGAAUCGAGGGCACUGAAUAUUUUGGAAUAUACCUCAAUUCAGUGGGGUUUUUUUUUGUUUUUUUUCAGACCAGUGAUCCAGGGGACGGAGGUAUUUCAGAUGCGGAAGGGGCGUACAGCACGGAAAUAAGAUAUCAUGGCACCCGUUGUCAUACAUAUUCUGAAUUCACUCUCGUUUUGGCGCGCCCCCGGGAUAUUCUCGUGGCUCCUGCUUCUAUCCUCCCCCCCCCCUUUUUUUUUUCGUACUGUCACAUUGAUCAGCGUGGCGGUGAGGGAAAGCAAAAAUUGAGGGCAUCGAAGGAAUCCGAGCGAAAGUAGAGGGGGGGGGGUGGAAGGGGCUCAUUAAAAGUUAAAGAAACACUACUUUGGGGUCAACCUGGCUGCAUAAAUUUACCCCAAGGAUAAACAUGUCAAUCAAUAUGAGUCUGGUGACAUUUCUUCCACUGACUUUUACUUUUGCAAUACAUUGACAAGGCAGUGAGCUUAUUAUUCAUGCAGGUUAAAGUUCAAGAUUUAAACACGGGUCCAGAGAAAUGUAUGUGAUAGUUACGUGUAUGCGAUUUAACCACUCAACAACAGACUGACUGCCUCAUUCAACGAUAUAAAAAUAAUUAGAUUUAAAAAUGAAAGAAAAUUGUAUCCAAGUGUAAUCAGAUAAUAAUAAAUAAAUUUAUUUUCUUUAUUCUAGAUUAAAUAUCUGGAUUGCGUCAAUACAAAAUGGGUAACAGCAGUGCUGUACCAGCAGCAGAGGCCCCCAAUGUCCCUCAUUUAAGAAGUGGAGAGCUCAACAGACAUUCACUCCACUGCCGGGUAUGUGACCAGAGAUACAAUUUGGUAGACCGCAGGCCCUUGGUGCUGCCCUGCAAUCAUGUCAUCUGCCAGAUGUGUAUCAGACGAAAUUUUACAACCGAGCAGUCAAACUGCCCCAGUUGUGCAGGGCCUUUCAACGCAAGUCUGUCCGUCCUACGCCUGGACCCGCACAUUGUCAGGAUGAUAGAGUUUUUAAACAACCACCGGAUCAAUAUAUGCGAUCAACAUGACCACCAGCUUCUGAACUUUUUCUGCAAGACCUGCUUCAGGCCGGUCUGCCCCGAUUGCGCGAUUUUAAACCACAGGGAUUCAGAAGGUCACGUGGUUGUAUCCAUAGACAUGGCGAUCGAGGAGAAUUUUACUCUCUUUGAUGACAUAGAAAAUACAAACACUGAGGCGCUGAGGAAUUUCCAAGAUACCCUGCUGAGGUAUGACGGCUUGUUGCAGAUGGUUGAAAAUAACGAGCCGAAUAUUGAAAUAAGGAUAAGAAACAAAUUUGAUGAGCUGCGCACCCUUCUUGCGCAGCGUGAGGCCCGUUUACUUCUGGAACUCGGCACUAUGAGAGGAGAAAAAAAUGCAUCGUUGAGGACUGAACGCACCAGGGUUGGAGCGGAUAUUUCAGAACUUUCGGAGCGCUUGAGGGAUUUUAGAACCGCUAGACAGGAAGGAAACGUGCGGAAUGUGUUCAGGGUGUUUCAGGAGCUGCAGGGCCAAGCUAUCAAUGACAGGCACAGAGACCUCGAGUCGCAGCUCGCGACACAUUCCAGAGACGCGAACUUCAAACCUAAGAAUGAAGAUAAGUUGGUGGAAGCAAUCGAUGAGUUUGGAGAGAUCGACCUCGCCUGUGUGAUUAGUUAAUAUAUUUCUUUAAAAGAUUUAUAUCGAAAAAAAAAAACAACUGUUCCAAAUAAUCACACACAGUUCAGCAAAAAUAACAAAUUUGGAAUAAAAAAAGCAGACACUGCUGUGAUUCCAUACAGAAUAACUUUGCACAGACAGACGUGGCAUGUAUGGCUGUAGGAUAAAAUUAUGCGUCAUUAAAUGAUUAUGCCAUUAAAAUACGCUCUGAAAUCGUAUUUCCCUUUAUCUUUUCCAUAUACACGCCUUUCAAAUUCGCUUCAAUAAUUAAGCAGUGCACAGAGGAACGUUCCAAUGAUCCAACGGUGCUCUAACGAAUUUUUUAAACGUGACAGAGAAUAGUAUCAUCAAGUGGACGUUUUCUCCUACUCUCUAAUGCCUCCACUUGUUUCUCAUACACUAUGUCAACAAUGGAGUGUGUGUUAUUGAUCUCAUCACUCAUUGGAAGAAAUCGCUCCAUGGGAUCUAAGCAACACAAACGACUUGAUUAUUUAAACAACGGUUAAAAAAAUAUAUAAAUAAGCACGAGCGAUGAUAUCUCCAUCCCUAUGGUUUUUUAAAACGCUUUUUUGUCCUCUUUGUUUUUAAAUAUACAAUUUCUAAAUCUAUUAUUUUCAUAUACUAAAUUGUCUUGCUAGAUCUGGCAAUGCAUCCCCUUUUUUUUUUUUUUAAAGCUCCCCAGGACUUGGGAAAACUAAUCAAUUUAACAAAAAAAUAAAAUAAAAAUAAAGAAAAUAAAUAAAAAUGAAAAAAAAGAUAAUUAAUAUAUCUAUUAUUUUCAUAUACUAAAUUGUCUUGCUAGAUCUGGCAAUGCAUCCCCUUUUUUUUUUUUUUAAAGCUCCCCAGGACUUGGGAAAACUAAUCAAUUUAACAAAAAAAUAAAAUGAAUAUAAAGAUAAUUAAUAAAAAUGAAUAGAAAGAUAAUUAAUAAGAUGAAUUAGAAAGAUAAUGAAUAAAGGGUAAUGUUUAAUUAAAUUCAUGUAGAUUAAUUGAUCUGCAACAAUUUCUUAAAUUUAAAAAAAAAAAAAGUCAAUGAAUACUAGCUUUAAGUUUCAGCGGUUUACUUCCAGUUACUAAGAGAGAUUUGACUAAAUUGGCACGGGGGCCUCCUGGGCUGGGCCUCUGUUUCCCCACGCAUUAUUAGUGAUGAACAUGUCAAAGUCAAGCCCACCAGAUUAACAGAUCCUGCUAACCAGAUUAACAGAUCCUGCUAACCAGAUCAACAGAUCCUGCUAACCAGAUCAACAGAUCCUGCUAACCAGAUCAACAGAUCCUGCUAACCA